AAUGCUUAUAGUUGGCCAUCUCAUGUUCAACACACAUGGCUGCUGUAAACAUAGAAAUGCAGCAUGAUAGCUUCUAGCUAACGUUAGCUGUCAAACUAUUUGUCUAGUGAAAUAAGAGUGAAACAAACGUGGUUGAAGAUCGUUUAAUACUCAUAUUGACAAGCCUGUCUUCUCUCCAGCUGUGACUGCGAUGGAGGAGGUGUCUCUGAGAGUGCUGCCAAUGGACCCAGCAGACCGGGGAACCCAGAGGGUCAGACUGGGCCCAGGGCUGAUGUCCUCCCUGGGGUUGGGGCUGGGCUCUCCUGUUCUGGUGUCUCUGUCUGGAGGGUCCUGUCUCUGUACUGCCUGGUCCAGGCCUGACCUGGCUGACGGAUUCAUACAGAUAGACAUGAAAUGUUGUUCUUCAAAUCUUAUCUUAAACAAAGCUACACCCACACACCUCAGUCUACCACUAACCCCCAGCCCUAACCCUAGCCCCAGCUCUAGCCCACUUCCCCCCAGCCCAUGCCUAAGUCCUAGUCUCACCCCAGUCUCCUGCCCCAAGCUGAAAGGCAUCCGAAUAACAGUGGUGGUUCAGAGUGUGGAGUUCCGGAAAACCACCCCUCCCAGUUUCAUCCAUGAACUAGUGAAGGACAUGCUGAAAGGGACAUAUGUCCACCAGAAGCACGUGAUAGAUGUGGGUGACUAUGACACGGACAUUAAACUGAUCGUCAUCGAGAGCCUGAACCCAGAGUCCACCGUGACUGGUUUGGUUACAUCUAAGACAGGGGUGGAAAUAACAGGGACGAGGACCCUCCAGUAUUACAGAGGACAGCUCCAGGAGCAGCCCCAGGUCCUACUGGGAGGACUGGAAGAGGUGUCAGCGUCUCUGAGAGAGAUGUUGCACCUGCCUCUGCAGUACCCUGCUACCCUGGGCUCCCUGGGUCUCUCCUGCCCCAGAGGAGUGCUCCUUGCUGGGCCGCCGGGGGUCGGAAAGACCCUGCUGGUCCGCUGCCUGGUGGGGGAGGUGGGGGCCAGCCUGAUCACAGUCAGAGGACCAGAGGUAGUAGGGUCUCGGCCAGGGGAGAGUGAGGAGAGGUUGCGGGCGGUGUUUGGUCGGGCGCGGGCAGCGGCAGAGGAAGGGCCUUGUGUGUUGUUCUUGGAUGAGCUGGACUCUCUCUGUCCCAGACGGACUGGAUUCUCCGCACCCGAGAACCGGCUGGUCGCUCAACUGCUCACGCUCAUGGACGGCAUGGACCAAUCAGAUCACUUCCUUAUCGUAGGAGCCACUAAUCAGCCGGACAGCUUGGACCCGGCGCUACGGAGGCCCGGGAGAUUCGACAGAGAGGUGGUUAUCGGUGCCCCCACAGCACAGCAGCGGUUGUCCAUCCUGUCAGUGCUGUGCCAGGCCAUGCCAGUGUGUGUCAGUGUGGACUGGGCAGAGCUGGCCCAGAGGACUACAGGAUAUGUGGGUGCUGACCUCAGUGCUCUCUGCCGUGAGGCUGCCAUGCUGGCUAUACGACACAACACACCGGGUUCAGGGGAGCAGACUAUCACCAUGGAACACUUCCUGUCUGCCCUGAAGACUGUCCGUCCAUCCUGUCUGAGGGGCAGUCUGGGACGGACAGACCUCCCAGCCGUCUCCUGGGAACAGAUAGGAGGCCUGGAGGAAGUCAAAGUCAAACUACAACAGAGUAUAGAGUGGCCAAUGCGUUACCCGGAGGCGUUUGUGCGUCUGGGUCUGUCCCGUCCCAGGGGGGUGUUGCUGUACGGUCCCCCAGGCUGUGCUAAGACCACCCUGGUCAGGGCUGCAGCUACCUCCUCCCAUUGCUCCUUCCUGUCAGUCAGCGGGGCUGACCUCUACUCUCCAUAUGUAGGAGAUUCGGAGAAGGCCCUGGCUCAGCUCUUUCGUCAGGCGCGGGCCUGCGCUCCCUCCAUCCUGUUCCUGGAUGAGGUGGACUCUCUGAUUGGCUCCCGGUCAGAAGGCCAUGUCCCUCAGAGUGCCCAGACCCGCCUCCUGUCUGUGCUGCUGAAUGAGCUGGACGGGGUAGGCUUUAGGACCCUGGAGAGGAGAGGAGCAGGGAAGACCCUACAGGCUGAGGGGGUGGAGCACCACCAGCAACAGGAACAUUUGGAGUACCAGGAGGUGUGUAACAAGGAAGUGAUGAUCGUAGCGGCCACUAACAGACCAGACUUUCUGGACAGUGCCCUCCUAAGGCCUGGAAGACUGGACCAGAUCAUCUAUGUACCCCCACCUGACUUACAGGCACGUGUGUCCAUCCUGCAGGUGUGUACAGAGAAGAUGCCUCUGGAUGAUGAUGUGUGUCUGGAGGAGCUGGCUAGACACACUGACCUUUACUCUGGAGCAGACCUGGAGAACCUGUGCAGAGAGGCAGCUCUGUUGACCCUCCAGGAUGAAAGUAUGGAAGCUUCUAGUAUCAAACGCCGAUACUUCCUCCAGUCUUUACAGAGGAUGACUCCCUCUCUUUCUACCCAGCAACUACAGACAUACAAAACCCUCUUCAGAUGACCAACUAUAGACCCACCCCAUCAGAUGAUGCCUUGGACUUGGAAAAUAAAAAUGUCAUUGUUUCCUUUCCUUUUUUGGGGGUCUGUUGGCUGUUUAUGGUGAUGAGUUGACAGUAUGUAGGCCUAAUUACAUUAGUACAUUGAGAUGAUUGUAAUACAUCAGCACAAGCAGGAUCUCCAGUCCUCCAACAACACACACUUAAUGUACACCUGUACAAAAACACCUGAUUCAACUUUAAGGGCUUGAUGAUUAGAAUCAGGUGUGCUUAUCCAGGACCACAACAAAAAUAUACUGUUGGUGUAACUAGAGGACCAGAGGUCAGAAACUGCUCGUUCAUGGUCUUGCCCAGGGAGUCAAUGUCAGGAACCCCCAACCUGGGAAAACCGGUGCCCCAGGGACCCCCUUCCUGAUUCACUCUGUCUUAUUGGGUAAAGGAUCAUGGCCAGGCAAAGCCAUUGAAAUGUUUUGACCUCCCCACAGUUAAUGAAAUACACAAGUGUGAACUUUUAAGUCUAUUUUAGCUAGAAAAGGUAACUCAAAGUACCCUGCUCAAAAAAAUAAAGGGAACACUUAAACACAAUGUAACUCCAAGUCAAUCACACUUCUGUGAAAUCAAACUGUCCACUUAGGAAGCAACACUGAUUGACAAUACAUUUCACAUGUUGUUGUGCAAAUGGAAUAGACAACAGGUGGAAAUUAUAGGCAUUUAGCAAGACACCCCCAAUAAAGGAGUGGUUCUGCAGGUGGGGACCACAGUCCACUUCUCAGUU